AUGACUGAAUCAUUUCUCAAAGCAGUGGAGGAGUCGAAGGUGCUGAAGAAGAAGCCUGGAAAAGAUGAGCUCUCUGAACUCUACGGUUUAUACAAGCAGUCCACUGUCGGUGACGUCGACUACGAGCGUCCCGGGAUUCUCGACUUCGUAGGAAAAUUAAAGUGGGAUGCAUGGAUCAUUUUCAAAGGGAUGACCAAAGAAGAAGCCAUGGCCGCCUAUGUUGCUGCGGUGGAGAAGCUAAAGGAGAAAUAUGGAAUUUAGCCCUUUUCUCUCCUCUCGUCGUGUUUUAUGUUCACUGUGAUAUCUCCUGUGUUUUCUCAGUAAACUGGAGGGCGCCCUUAAAGACUGAUUUUACAAACUGCAGCAGUUUAUUCAUGUGUGAGACUUAAUUUGUUUAAAAACCAAGAGAACAACAACUGAAGAUGCAUGUUUUUUGAGGAAUAGUUGAACAUUUAGUUUGCUAGUUAUACAGCAAACAGGCAGCAGUGAUGUUUAAAUAAGUAGUGAAGUGUCAACAGGUCAAA